CACACACACACACACACACACACUCACUCAAUCAGUUUGAAUUCAGUGAGCGUGUUGUUUUGCUGUGCUUCUGUGAGUGUGUCUGAUUAAGGUGUGACGUGUGUCUCUGCAGAUGUGUGAAGAUCUGUUCAAGCGCACCAGUGAGAACACCGAUCCUGAUCUGUCCUACUCCGUCGAGGUGUCCUAUAUGGAGAUCUACUGCGAGCGAGUGCGGGAUCUGCUGAGCCCCAAGAGUAAAGGAGCGCUGCGGGUGCGAGAGCAUCCCAUCAUGGGGCCGUAUGUCGAGGACCUGUCCAAACUCGCUGUGACGUCCUACACUGACAUCAGAGACCUCAUGGACGUGGGGAACAAGGCCCGGUACAAACCACACCAGUGUUUAACUCUUGCGUGCGUGCGUGUGUGUGAGUGUGUCUGAGUGUGUGUGUGUGUGUUGUUGACGUGUCUCUCUGUUCAGGUCAGUAAGGUGAGUCUGGUGGAUCUGGCGGGCAGUGAGCGAGCUGAUUCCUCUGGAGCCAAAGGCGUGAGAUUAAAGGAAGGUGCUAAUAUCAAUAAAUCUCUCACCACGCUGGGGAAGGUCAUCUCCGCUCUGGCUGAAAUGCAAAACAGCAAAAGAAGGAAAAGUGAGUUCAUCCCAUACAGAGACUCGGUGCUUACCUGGAUACUGAAGGAGAACCUGGGUGGUAAUUCUCGUACGGCUAUGAUCGCUGCUCUCAGUCCUGCAGAUAUUAAUUAUGAGGAAACACUCAGCACUCUCAGAUAUGCUGACCGUGCUAAGCAGAUCCGCUGUAACGCUGUAAUUAACGAGGAUCCAAAUGCUCGUCUGAUCAGAGAACUGAAGGAGGAAGUGAACCGACUCAGAGAACUGCUGCUGUCACAAGGACUGAGCCGGCUGGUCACUGCUCCAGCUGCUGAAGUCAAUAAUAACCAUGUGGGCGUCACUCUAAUGCCUGCUAACCCCGCCUCCAAUGGAGCUCCACCCACAUCCGCGCCUGUCCCAGGAGAAGGCCCCGCCUCUGAGAGUGACCCCGCCUCUCUGGAUGGCCAUGGCCAAUUAGAAGAAUUUCAGGGCGAGAUGAUUACCAAUGAGGAGGCAGUGGAGAGACUGAAGGAAACAGAGAAGAUCAUCGCUGAGCUGAAUGAGACGUGGGAGGAGAAGCUGAGGAAGACCGAGUCUAUACGCCUGGAGAGGGAGUCGAUUCUGGCAGAGAUGGGAGUGUCCAUUAAAGAGGAUGGAGGAACUGUUGGAGUGUUUUCACCUAAAGGGACUCCUCACCUGGUGAAUCUGAACGAGGAUCCGCUGAUGUCUGAGUGUCUGCUGUACUACAUCAAAGAGGGUGUGACCAGGGUUGGUCAGAAGGACGUGGACAUCAAGCUCAGUGGUCAGUUCAUUAAAGAGCAGCACUGUGUGUUUUACAGCUACAUCAACCAGAACGGAGGAGUGGCCGUGACUCUGGAGCCGCUGGAGGGAGCAGAGACGUAUGUGAACGGGAAGCAGAUCACCGAGUGUGUGCUGCUCAGACAGGGAAACCGCAUCGUGAUGGGCAAGAGCCACGUGUUCAGGUUCAAUCACCCGGAGCAGGCGCGUCUGGAGCGCGAGCGCAGCAGCUGUGUGGAGCAGCAGGGAGAGCCGGCCGACUGGAACUACGCUCAGAGAGAGCUGCUGGAGAAACAGGGCAUCGACAUCAAGCUGGAGAUGGAGAGGAGGUUACAGGACGUGGAGAUUCAGUAUCGGAGAGAGAAAGAGGAAGCAGAUCUACUGCUGGAGCAACAGAGACUGGUGAGAGACAGACACACACACACACAGCCAAUAAACCUUCAGACUUUAAGGCUUUAA